AUGCUACCAUCGAUAAAAAUAGUAGGUUUAGUGUCGCUUGUACUUGGUGCGUCGCUUAUAGCAGGUGUGUAUUUGCAUAAUGCAAAUACUUCUAAAAAAAAGGCUGAAGCCCCAAGGAUAGCUACCAUUAGAAAUUACCGCAAUAAUGCAUAUAAGAACAAGAGUACAGAAGAAUUUAUAAGCCUAAAUAGGCCAGAUAGUGCAGUGUAUAUGCCAAAUAUGGUCAAAUGUGAAGACAGUUAUUCUAAAAUGUAUCCAAAUUCUAGCGAUUCAGACGAUAGAAGGAAUAAUACGGACAUUAACCAAAAGAAGAACAAUGUAUGUUAUGGUGCGAAUGAAAUAUGCAUAGAGAAUGUGCAUCUAUCUAAAUAUGCAACUAAUACAAGAAUUCAGAAUCCACAGUCAAAGGAACCCAACUAUAAUUCUAAAGAUAGAGAAGUACAGCCACAGCCCAAUCUUAGUAUGUCCGAAAUUAUAGAAAAAGCCCGGGCUAUUGCACAAGAACUACGCCAAAAUCAAGAACAAUCCAAUUCUAGUACAACUAGUACACCUAGUACAACUAGUAUACCUAGUGAAUCCAGUGCAUCAAAUGCAUCUAGUACAACUAGCACACCUAGUAUAACAUCAGAUCUACCGCCUAUAUCUACUAAAGCUGAAAAUACUACUAAAACUACAGGUGUAUCCAUACUCCAGCAAGAAGUACAACCGAAUGUCGGUACACCAAAUAAUCCUCCUAUAGAAGAAGAAGAAGAAAGUAGUUUGACCACUAAGAUAAUAAAAUUGGGUUCGGAUCUAAGGGCGAACGGGCUAAUACUAGAUCCAAGUGAGAAUAAUGACGAUUUAAAAGAAGAAAGUGUUGAAGACCCCCCACAGUUAAAUGUGACUAACCCCAUCCCAACAGAUGAAAGAAAUUCUUUUGUUGCCCAACCAGAAAUACUUUAUAUCCGAGAAAAGGGAGAGCCUCCACAUACUAAUGUGAAUUCUUCUGAUUCCCAACCAGAAAUAUUUUCUAACCCAGAAGAGAGACAGCCCCCACCUACUGAUGUGAAUCCUUCUGAUUCCCAACCAGGUACAGUUUUAACCCCAGAAAAGAAACAGCCUCCAGAGACUGAAGAGAAUUCUUCUGGUGGCGAAUCAGAAAUACUUUCUAACUCAGAAGAGAGACAGCUUCCAGAGACUAAUGAGGAGAAUUCUUCUGGUGGCGAAUCAGAAAUACUUUCUAACUCAGAAGAGAGACAGCCCCCAGAGACUAAUGAGGAGAAUAGUGAUUCUACUAGCGUAAAAGCCAAUGCAAAAAAGGCAAAUAUUUCAGUGUCAGACAUUCUAACAAUCCAAAAAGUGUUUACAGAUAAAAGCGGGGCUAAAUGGAACCAUUUACUUCAUGCAGUUGAUUCGCCGAACAAAGAUAGCUUGAAUAUAUCUAUAAACAAGUUUAAUAAGUCAAUGCAGGAUCCAGUUAUGCAUAUGCUGAGAUAUAAUCAGUCAUACAUAGAAAUAGUGAAAGAAGGCGAUGCAUAUCCAAAAACUAUCGAUAUGAAGAAUUUGACGAAUACACUAGGCGAAUGCAUCAAAAAGAUAGAAAACCAAAAUCAUAAUUCUGAUGUACUCAGAAAUAUGAAGUCGAUUGUAUUCCAUACUAUACUCCUUAAUUCACUCUUAGAAACCUCUAGCAAAUCUAUUUUAAAAGAGGGAGAUAUAAUUUUCAACUUAAGAAAAGAGCUUGAUAAUGAAAUAGAGAAUACGGAUAAACAACACAAACAAAACAAAAAUAUCCGGCAACCAUCCAAUUCUCAAGAACUAAAAAAAGAAAAAAUUAAAGCAGUUUUGAAUAAAGCUCAGGAUCAACUGCAGCCGUGGAAGGAAGAAUCUAAAACGCAUGCAGAAGAAAUUGAAAAGAGUGUUAGCGAUUUUAUGGAAGCACAUAAAGAUCUAGGUAAUAUAGAUGAUUUCAACUUAUCUGAAAUAGCUAAUACGCACCAAGACAACCACCCACCAGCUGCAGUAACCCUGCAUAAUAAGACUUCUCCUAAAGAGUUUUUUUUAUGCAAUAUAAAAAAUCUUUUAGUUCCUAAAGAUAAACAAUCAGAAAACAGGAGAAGAGAAGUUAAAACAACUAUUACUUUUGAUGAAAUGAGUACUAGAAGCAAGGAAAAAACCUCAGUUAUAUAUUACUUAUUGAAAGACGCUGAUGAGAAAAGACGUAAACUUUCAAAGAACAUUGGCUUUAUUUUCUUUGAAGAAUGUAGCGGGUUUAUCUCAAGUUGCAACGCUUCCAGCCACGGAGGGUCUACUUUGAAUCUCAGAACAAACAGAUCUCUAUCAGCUUCUAAACGCCACUCUGCCUCUGUUCCUGCACUGAACUCCAUCUCUAAGACUUUGCCCGGUGGCGAGCUAUAUAUACUUUCCCCGAAUAAAAUACUAACAUUCAGUGCAAGUGUGCUCGCCAAUAUAGAGUAUCUUCUAAGCAAGAUUGAAAAGAAUACAGAAGGAAAAGAGACUUGGUGCGAUUCGCAUACAGAGCUCAUUGCAUUGGUUAGAUUUACAAUGUGCAUCUUUGCGAAUGCUUCUCUUGAGCAGUGCAAUCUUUUGGUGAACAAUAGAGUGAACAGCAAUAUGUUUUCUAUUGUAUACAAACUCCUCUUCUACAAAAAUACAGUAAGCUCUGAUAUAGUAGCUAAUUAUGAAAAAACAAUCAAUAAGCAGAAACAUAGCAUUGAGAAAAAUUCUUACUUUGAGCACAAUGGAUUGAAUAAUAGAAAUAUCAACUUAUGGGGUGCAUCAGCUUUAGACUUAGAAAAUGUGGACUACAUUAAAAACAUUUUAACGCGCAAUAAUAGAAAGUAA